AUGUGGAAGAGGUGGUGUUCAGAAGAGGAUUUUGAAGAGGUGGUGUCCACCCAUCGUACUGAACAGCCAUACAGCAGUCAGACUGAGAAACUGUCCAGCCAUCUAACUGAACAGCCACCCAUCCAUCUGAUUGAACAGUCACCCAGCCUUCAGACUGACAAGCCAUCCAACCAUCAACCUGAACAACCACCCACCCAUCUAACUGAACAGCCAUCCAGCCAUCAGACUAAACAGUCACCCAACCAUCAGAUUGAACAACCAUCUAUCCAUCAGAUUGAAAAGCCAUCCAGCCAUAAAACUAAACAGCCAUCCAUCAAUCAGAAUGAAGAACCAUCUGACAGAGGAGUCAUCAAGCCAUCAGAACGAACAUCCAUCCAGCCAUCCGACUCAACUGCCAUCAAGCUGAAGAGUCACCCAGCCAUUGGACUAAACAGCCACCUAGUCAUCAUUCUGAACAACCACUCACCCAUCUGA